GGGAGGACCGGGAAGAGCGAGAGAGAGAGACACACGGGGAGACAGAGAUAGAGAGACAGAGAGAACAGCCCUCCGGAAAGCAUCAGCGAGGGCGACAGCUAAAUCAGAGAGCGAGCGUCUACCCGAGUACCCCCGGUUCUCCCCCACCCUCCCCUCCCUCCCCUGCUCCCUCACACCCACCGGCAGCUCACCUGGUUGGACCGCUUUCCUCCGCCCGAGAUCCCCGUCCCGGCCGCGGCUCCGAAAUGAUGCUGUAUUUCUGGGGUAGUCAGGAAGCCACGGCCCCGGAGAGGAUGGCGCAGCCCUACCCCCCAGCCCAGUACCCCCCGCCGCCCCAGAACGGCCUCCCCGCUGACUUCGUGCCCCCUCACCCGCCACCCCCACCCCCACCCGACUACGUGGGCCAGACCCCGGGGCCGGACCCCGGCCUCGCCCUCUACCCGCCGCCGCCGCCGCCGCCGCCUCAGGCCCACCCGGACCCACCGGGCCCCGACCCCGGGACACGGCCCGGCCCCGGCCCCCAGGCUGCCCCGCCAGCCGACGAAGCCGCACCGACAGACAACCCGGCGGUGCUGCACUCCUCAGAGAACACAGACAAGCAACAGCCCAAGAGGUUACACGUCUCCAACAUCCCUUUCCGGUUCAGGGAUCCCGACCUGCGGCAAAUGUUUGGGCAAUUCGGAAAGAUUUUAGACGUGGAGAUCAUUUUUAACGAGCGGGGCUCCAAGGGUUUUGGGUUUGUAACUUUUGAAACUAGCACAGAUGCCGAUCGGGCGAGAGAGAAGCUGAAUGGGACAAUCGUAGAGGGACGGAAAAUAGAGGUGAACAACGCCACCGCCCGGGUGAUGACCAAUAAGAAGACGGCCAGCCCCUACACCAAUGGCUGGAAGCUGAACCCUGUGGUCGGGACCGUCUAUGGCCCGGAAUUCUAUGCAGUGACUGGAUUCCCGUACCCGGGCCCGGGCGCCGCCCUGGCCUACCGAGGGGCCCAGCUCCGGGGCCGAGCGCGAGCCGCCACCGCCGCCGUCUACAGCCCCUUCCGGCCCGCACCGCCCCCGCCCCCCAUCCCCGCCUACGGAGCGGUCGUCUACCAGGACGGGUUUUACGGCGCCGAGAUUUACGGUGGCUACGCAGCGUACAGAUAUGCACAGCCGGCGGCGGCGGCGGCGGCCUACAGCGACAGCUACGGGCGAGUGUACGCCGCUGCCGCCGCCGCCGCCACGGACCCCUACCCGCCCCACCACCCCAUCGGCCCCGCCGCCCCCGCCUACAGCAUCGGAACCAUGUGAGAGACCUCCUGCCGUCUCCCUCGGGGAUGACCAAGGGCAAAAUCCACCCGAGACAAACCAACACAAAAAACCACCAGUCAACCAACCAACCCACCAACCCCCCUUGAAAGCAAAGCCACAAGUCCAACGCAACCAGAGGCAUCGGGGCCAGUGAAGCGGCCCGCCAAGGCGAGGGCGGGACCCCCCCCCCCAUACACUCUCACGCGCCACUGAGGGAGGGGCAUACCCCUCAGGAGGCACCGGGCCCUCACCCCCCCAUGGCACCCAGAGCCGGAGGGCACCGAGCGGGCCGCCCCCAACCUCCUCCUCCUCCCCCCGGACCACCUGCGGGGCCCCAGGGCAGGGGGCCCCAUCGGCUACAACCAUCGUCUUCCUUGCCCACAGGCUCCGGGGGUUGCCUGGACAGCGGGGGGCAUUGAUGGGGGUGGGGAGGGGAGGGUGGCAUUUCUCUCUAUGGCACGAGCAGGUUCGUCGGGAAAAGGAGUGGGCCCGGGCCUCUUCCCCGUCCGCCCGUCUUCCGGCCUGCAGGGUGGCAGCGGGGCCCGGUCGGGCGAAGCAUCUCAGACUGGGGGCUCCCCUGUGGGCUCCGUCCAGCCCCCCACCACCUCCAAGCCGAGCCACCCCGGGAGAGUGGCGAGGGGGUUGGCGUCUGCCCGAGGAGGUGGCGAGGGCCAGGGGAGGGUCCAGGCCCACGCCGUGUGGCAAGCCCGGGGCCCGGGGCCGGUAGCGGCCGGGGGCCGGGAGUCUACCGGAGGGGGGAGUUGAGAUGGGAGUGGGGAGGUGGGGGUCUGGCUCUUCCCCCGCCCCCCACGUCCACCCCACCCACGGCCUCGUGGGACGGACGGACGGACGGAUGGGCCUGGGCGGGAUGGACCGGGGGCUCCGGGGGACGGGACGGACCCGGGCGGGGGCGGGAAAAAGGCACCAGGGUUUCAGUCCACGCUCCCUCCACGGCUCAUGAAACUUUCAAGAAGAGGAACACGAAUUAGUCGAAAAGACCGAACACCUCACUUUAUAGUCAGCAUCGCCUCCCGAAGCUCCCCAGUUGACAUUCUCCUUUUCUAUUCCCGGUGUACAUAGCCCCGGACCCUUCUCCCGCCCCCCGCCCCCCCUGUAUAAAGCCCCGCUCUCCCCGCGCCCCG